AUGAGGACCACUAUGGCUACGGCAGAGAUAAAGGCGUCCGCAGUAAUCAUCGUGUUACUACAUGGCGUGUUCCAGUCUGUGUUCUGUCGUGACGUGACCCUUCCCGUGGGCCCUCUGUACCGUGUGGCGGGCUUCCCCGUGUCCCUGCGCUGUGUGGUGACCGGGUACGAGGGGCCGCGCAAGCAGGACUUCGAGUGGUUCUUGUACAGAGACGACGCAGGCGGGAGGCAGAUGGGCGUCAUCUCCACACGGGACCCAGGGUUCCCCUACGCUCCCUUCCAGUCGCGGGUGAGGAACGGAGAGGUGAGGGUCGAGAGGGAUUCUGAUGAAAGAGUCCGCCUGGUGAUCCACAGACUGCGCACUGAAGACCAGGGAAAGUACGAGUGCUACACGCCCAGCACAGACUCCACCUACCAGGGCAACUACAGCGGCUCUGUCACUGUCAAAGUCAUUCCCGACACGCUGCAGAUCAGCUACUCUCGCUCUCUCUCGGGACAGCCGCUUCCGGAGGGGGCUGAACUAACCCUGACCUGCUCCUCCAGUAUCCAAUCAGAGCAGCUUACGCAUCUAUCCGUCACGUUUGGGAAGCGCGGCGAAACCGGCGACGAUACAGACAUUAUAUCCAUUGACAAGAUGCUGGGGGUGGUCCCUGGGCGGCCAUACCAGAGGCGCUACGACGAUGGGGAUAUCACGCUGGAGAAGAGGAACGUGGAAGGCGGACAGGACCUCUAUGUGAUGAAGAUGAAAGGCGUGCGGCCAGAGGACAGAGGAUCGUACUACUGCGAGGCCGCCCAAUGGAUCCUGGACCCUGAUCGAUCCUGGCAGAGGAUUGCACAGAGAAAACUGGACAUUGGCAAUUUGACUGUCACUCAACUGGGUGAUAUUCUAAAAGUGGUCCCCUCGCCCCGAGAGGAGGUGACGCUGCAGAUCGGUGCCCCCCUGCUCCUCACAUGUGAGGUCCAGGGACUACCGCCGCAGAUCAACUAUGGAGCUCUGGUUCAGUGGUUGGUCAGUGAUGGCACCCAAAGCAAAGAGGUGGAGUUGGCGCGGAUGACCCCCAGUGGAGUGGUGAGCUGGGGGGACGAGCUGAGUCAGGGCAGGGGCUCGCUGGAGAAAGUGUCCGACGGCCGUUACUCUCUGAAGCUGUUCUCCUCGCAGCCCGCAGACUCCGGCCAGUAUCGAUGCGCGGCCAGUUUUUAUGCUCCGGACAAAAGCCUCGGCCCAUCAGCUGCUCCCAUCUACACCCAGCGCUCAGAGCCGGUCACAGUCAACCUCCGCAUGAAAGACGUGCGUGUGACUGCUGUGGCGCAGCUCCCUCGUGGACCUCUGUUGAAAAGAGGCAACACCAUAACGAUCAUCUGCAACGUGACGGUCCUGUCCCCAGGCCCUGUCCAGGCUCAGGUCCAGUGGGUGCGGUCUCCCCUCCCCCCUCUAGUCCUGAAGAGAGGCGCCCCUGUGGAGGCCCCUACAGGAGCUGAAGUGACUCCGGAGCCGGUGGCCACGCUGCGGCACGACGGCGUGUCUGAGAUCUGGAUGAACAGCAGCGAGGUGAGCGUGGACUGCGUGUCUGUGCGGAGCUUCAGGCUGAGGGUGCACACGGCGCGCUCUGAAGACCAGGGCCUGUACACCUGCCGCGCAGAGGCCUGGGGACAGGACCCCCACGGAGGCUGGUACGACACGGGGGCCAAAGCCGAGUCCAGCACUGUGACUGUUUAUCUCUAUUCUCGAGCUGAAGACCUGCUCCUCAUCCCGCUGGUUGUGGGCGUGGUUUCUGCGUUGUUUGUUGGGAUCCUCAUCAUCUCCACGGUGACCUGCUGCUUCAUGAGGCGUUUGGCCCGACAGAGACCGCAGAAAUAA